AAUAGCAAGUUGCUAUGUACGCGUAACCUUAGAAACACGACUCUUUCUUUCCUUUACAAUGAGUUACGUUACAAUCAACUGCCAAUAAGUUGAAGAAAAAACCGUCUACUCUUCAGAUUUGGCUUUCAAAGGUGGUAUUGGCGGACCUCGAGCAAAAUCAACUUAACAUAGGAAAGACAUUGAGCUGAUUUUUUAUUUUCAUUUCUUGUCACAAGUAAACAAUUAAUCCUCCGACCAUCAUUUAAAAUUGAUCGCAAAUUUCCAUAAGGCAGUUGUUUUGAAAGCUACGGCCGUGUCAGCCAUGUUGGAUACAUACGCUAUUUGCAACAAGGGGUUUAAAAUUCUAUUUGAACGAUUAGUAUGAUCAAAAUUUAUUAAAAACGACUUCUUCUACUCGCGAAUCAAGAACAGAAAAAAAGGGCAAAACUUAAAAAGAUUUUAUUUGAUUGACGCAAGGAAAUCUCAAAACACCAGUUGACAAGGGAGAACAAAAGCUCAGCGCCUCUCAGUCGCAAAAGGCACCCAGAAUGGCGGCAACAGCGUGGUCGUUGAGUCCAACAGUGACCGUCAAAGUCUAUAAGAAUGGUAACCCCAACUUUCUUGGGAAGACACUUGUUAUCAACAGACGCCACAUACGCAAUAUGGAGGCUCUGUAUGACGAGGUAACGAUGCACAUUUCGGCAUUUAACGCCGUGCGAAAAAUAUGUACACCGAUCGGCGGGCGUCCGGUUCAGAGCUUGGAGAAUAUUAAAAACAAGAGCGUUUACGUGGCUGCUGGGAGGGAGUGUUUUAAAAAACUGAACUAUGCAGAUCUGGGCAUAAGAAAGCCUCGCCCUCCGCGAAAGGCGAACAAUUCGCCCAAGAAAGCAAUCAUCGUGGCUGAGGGGAGACACAAGAUGGAUUAUGAGUGGGCGAAAAGAGACCUAAAGAUCAUCCACGUGUUUUGUAAUGGGGACGUGUUCAAACCGAGCGUCAAGAUUGUUCUUCAAAAACGCCUUCAGCAAAGCAUGGAACAAAUUUUAGGAAUUGUGCAAGAACACGUUUUCCUAGCGGCUGCAAUUGUAUUGUACACAAUAGAUGGUAAGCUGAUUUUUACUCCUUCCCAGUUGAUCAGUGGACAAAAUUACGUGGCUGUUGAACGAGGGAGGAUGUUUAAACGAGUGAAUUACGGUGCUGCUUCCUCUUUACUCGCUAAAAGUCCGCGUGGGCCUUUCUUGCCUAUGAUCGGCAACGGACAACUAACCAACCCAAUAGGACGAUCGUAUAAAAAGAUUUCAAAACGAAAACCGCAGGUCACAAAAACCAACGCGCAAAGCAAAUCAAUUGAACACUCAAGAGGCAAUCAGUCAAGUGUCACCACUAUGAUCGUGGAGUCACCGCGUGACGUCAUCUCAAACGUGUCCCCAGAUCUCCCAGUGGCCACUUCAUUACUACGUGCAUCACAAGACAUCCAAGAUAGUUUCACCAUCUCUGCUUCACCACCUGCACAACUCGAAGGCGAUACUCCCGUUCAAGAGUACACUGCUCGGGUGAUAAAACAAACUGACAACGAUGAUAGUUUAGUAGCUGACAGCGUGUUCAAAGCGAGUGGUUUGCAGCAAGAAAAAGCAGCUGAAAUAAGGGAUAGCCAUCAAACGAAGGAAGAAAAGCCAUUAGACCUACUUCCGGCGGAAGAGGUCCUAGAGGAAGUGCUCCAGGAGGUAAAAGACACAAAGACUUCCAUCGAGAAUUCUCACGUUUCAAACAAGGAUGAGGCCCACGUCAAAGAAAUUGAAGAUGAUGUUGAAGUUAUAGAGGAUGAUUCCAAUUUGAGUCAAGUAGCGGACAAAACACCUCAGUUUCAGGCGCAAGCUUGGCAGUAUGAAGAGUCGCAAUUAAGCAUCAAAAACUCCGAUGAAGAGAUAAAAAAUUCUCGUCUCCCAGCAAAAGAGGAUCGCGAGAAUCCUUCACCCUCGGCUAAAGAUCGAGAUGAAACGUCUUCUGUUGACGACAUUCCAAUACAAAGAGACAUGAAAGAAGGUAAAAUACGGUCGGAUUCAUCGCCUAAGCAAAAACCUGCGAACUUCACGGACGAAGAAGAGGAACAAAAUUCAUCUCCAGCCUCGGAAACGGACAAAUCUGAAAAUGAAGAUUCUGAUAAAAGUGUGGAGGAAAAUGAAGAUGAUGAUGAAAAGGAAAACCAAAUGGCCAACAACGAAUUAGAAUCAAGUAAUCCUCGGAAAUUUUCAAAACCAGACAAGACUUUGAAUGGCAUUGAUAAAACCAACUAUAUUUCUUAGCCUCUGGACUCUCUUCUUCUUAUCACAAAAAUAAAACAUAACUCAACGUCCACUAUGUGAUGAGAAUGAAUAAAUUCUUACUCCCGAGCUUUUAUCUCGAUAUAACAUCAAAUUCUCUUAGCAACUUGGAGGGGAAAUGGACAGUAGGAAUAGGGGACAAUUACGCAUCUAAUACUACAUUUUAUUACAAACCUAAGCUCUUAACAAAUACUUGAGAACGAGCUGAACCGUGAGGGCGCACAAAUCUUGAGGAGUUGGGCAGCGGUGUUCUGCCGAUGGAAUCACUGAACGUUUUAUAAUACGUUAACAAAACGAUCAAUGAGAAGUUAGCCCAACGACCGAAGACGUUACUAAACUGGUCGUUAGCGAAACGACUCGUGUGCGAAAUCACCGAUUAUCCUUCACAGAAGUUGUUUGCUGUAAAUAAGAGUAUCGAUGUCAUUUGAUUUCGUCACUUACGUGUCCUUAAAUUGACAAGUUAUUCAUUCAGUCGUAAGUUAUACUUGUAUUAUACAAGGUUAAGCUAGAUUAAAUCUUGUAAACUCUA